AAUAUUUUGUUAUCAUUAUAAACAUCGUUAUUAACUUAGUUCAAAACAUUUACCACAUUACUAUUAUUAUUUGAUCCAAAAAAUCACCGUCAUUGGUUGAAAUUUUUUAUACAUAAGUCUAUGUAAAUUAGAGUAAAGCCUGAAGAAGAAGAUCUAAUUGAAAACAAAAUUGUUCGCUUAUAUGUCUUGUUCUAAUAUUAUAGAUGGGAAUAUCUCAAGAUUUGAAAUGCUGGUAUGUUUACUUUAACAACACACUUCGUUUCUCACUGCCCUUCUUCCUCCUCUUAAUUACAGGCAUGGAAUCAAGAACUGGCUAGUCAGGCAAAAGCGCUAUCCAAAACCUGUCGAUUUGGAUUCAAUAAUCCCACAAGUAGAAAAUUUCAUCCAGUUGGACAGAAUAUUGCUGCUUAUCAAACUGUUGAACAAGCUAUGCAGGAAUGGUUCGGUGAACACAAAUAUUAUAACUUUAAAAACAAUAAGUGCAGUGACAGCUGUGGAAACUACAUGCAGAUGGCUUUCGCCAACACCACAGAUAUUGGAUGUGGAGUGACCAAAUGUCCAUACAGUGAAAACUUUAAAUACGGUUUAUUCAUCGUCUGUAACUAUGGCCCAGGAGCAAACUUCCAUGUGAGACCUUUUGAAGCUAAAAAUAUCAAUGAAGUAUGCCCAGUGACAGCUUCUCCAUCUGUUCAAUCAGGAAGUGGAAAAUGGCAAGCUACUAAAGGCACAACGAAAUUCAAUGGCAGAAAUUGUUACUGUUAUAAAUGAACAUACAGAAAUAUAA